CUUGGAAAACCAUGGUAACACUUGCGCGCAUUUUAGGAUGGCGGAUUUUGUUAGUAAUCAAGCAUCAGGUGACUUCGAAGGCAAACAGGAUGAAAAGCAACUGAUUCAACUGCCGUAUAACCUGCAACCGUCGGCAAGAAAAGUUAAAACUGAUGAAUGUCUCCUGAAGUUAAAAGUGGCAGGCUGCGAAAUCCCAAAGCUCACUAAAUCUGAUGUAAACUGGUAUCGUUUAAAAUAUCAUGAAAAUAUUUUAAUAAACAUUCUUCAAAAUGGAUAUCAUGAAACAUUUUCAGAAAUAUUUUAUUUAAUUAACUUUGAAGAGAAAAGACGUUUAAACGGUGGUAUUUCAUCUUCAUAUUGGUUUGUUCAACCGUUAACUGAACGAUAUCAUCUACUUUGUGAAUUAAUGAAACACUUAAUAAAUGCAGAAAAUUAUUCUCGUUUAAAUAGAAUAGAAGAUGUCUAUAAAGAAAAUUUAUACUUAGCAGGAUUAUUUCGUUCAAAUCCUAAUGAUGAUUGGUUACUGCAAUUUUAUAUACAAAAAUGUAUGAAAAUUGUUAACAAUAGUUAUUUAAUUAUUAAAAACUUGUAUAAGAAUCAAAACAAACAGCAAAAUUUAUAUGAAAUGAAAAUGUCACUUAAAAAGUGUUUAUUUGAAGCAAUAUUUCAUACUGCUACUUAUUUGUAUGAAACAGGAAAGUACCAGCAAUCCUUAGAUCUUUAUAAAGAUUUACAUCGAAGAUUACAGAAACAUUUGGAAUUUUUAAAACCUUCAAUAAAUCCUUUUGAAGAAAAUCAGUCAACAGUCUUCUUAAAUACUAUUUGUUGUCAACAGAUAUGUAAAUCAAUUUUAGCUAUUUAUAAACCUGGUGAAGAUUAUCAGGUGAAUGAAAUUAUUUCACGUUUGAAUGAAGCCUUAAUCUACGCUAAGAAGUCAGAAAAUGAAAACCUUGUAGGAUUAUGCAACAAACAAAUUGGUCAGGUAUAUCAAAGUGAUGGACAAUAUGAAUUAGCCUAUCAAUAUGCGGAACAAUAUCUAACUGCUGCUGAACAAUGUGAUGAUAAAUUAGAAAAGAUAAAAGCAUACAAAUUACUAGGAAGUAUUAAUGAAAGCUUAUCAAAAAUUGAUAAUGCAGAAGAGAAUUAUAAUCAACUUGUCGAUUGUGCAAAAUCUUUAAAUGAUUCAAUUCAUCUCAUUGAAGCUUAUGUUAUAUUGGCUAAAUUUUAUAUUAUAAAUACACAAAAAUAUGAUUUAGCCAAAGAAGCAUCUGAAGUUGGAUUGAAAUGUAUACAGAAUCGUACCACCACCGCCGCCGCCACCUCAACUACCAUGAAUCAACUGAAAUUAUGGUAUUCUAUUUCAAAGUCUAAGCUAAUAGAAUCACAAUAUCUUAAUACAUUGAUAGCUGCACAAACAAAUCGUAAAGAUAUUAUUGAUUUAAUAAAAUGGAAGAAUACACGUGAUAAUCUACCAUUAUUUGAUGAAGAGUAUUUUACAAAAGUAACAUACGAUAGUUUUUCCCAGAAAAGUAAUGAAAUCAUUAGGAGUACACCAACUUCAAUUUGCAAUUAGGAUUACUUCGUCCAAUCUCAUUGGAUAACUCUUAAUGUUUGGAGAUUUCGUGUAGUUUUAUCAAGAAAUAUACUUUUCUACGAC